AUGAAACGGAACCCAGAUAUUGGUAAUGAGAAGCAUAUGCGUUUCAUGCAAGACAUUCGCCACGCCAACAUAAAUGCCAAUUGGUCCCGCGAGUCAAGCACGGUUAAGGCAAACUUUGCACAAGUAAAAAGACUGGAAAAGGUGGGUACCGAUAUGUUUGGAAUCCCAAGUGUAACCCCGGUAAUGGGCCCGUUUCCUUUGGAAGACACUUUUGGCAUGGCCAUAGCAGCUUGCCUACUCAGAAGAUCUCUGGACCCUGGCCGGAACGAAAACACCAUUCAGUUUGCCACAGCACGGAGAUUCCGAUCUGCGUUCUCUAAUGCUUAUCACGCAUCCAAGAAUGUUGGCAAUAUCAGUUCUAUGGCGUAUGAGGCCAAUAAGUUCUACACCACCACAUGCCCAACUUACGGGUAUUGGUUUGCAAGGUUUAUUCUGGGAUGUCACAAAAGAAUGGGAGAUAAAGUGGUGCAAGAUUAUGCUCUGUCAAGAAAGAUCUUCCUCGAGUUGUUGAGGCACUUGGAGGACGAUUGGAACGGGGCCCAUGAAAACCCAAUUGAGAGGGAUGGGAUCGCAGAGUUUGCAGGAGUGUUGCUUAUCGGGUUCCUGUUGGGACUAAGAGGAGAAGAGAUCGUAAAGACGGACAUAUCAGGAUUAUUGAAGUACAUUGACGUGGGAGCUCUUGACCCAGAUCACCCCCACGUUAUCAUCCCGCUCAUUGGACGACUCAAGGGAGAGACCGGAGAGCGGUAUCACAUGCUACCGAUGGCGAGGGUAACUCGAAGCGGAAUCAUGGCUGGGAAGUGGAUGGAUCGUCUAUGCAGGUCUCUGGUGAAACAGGAUAGGAGGAAUGGCUUUGUGUUCCUCGGAAAGGACGGAAACCCAAAGAAGAUUAGAGAAUACAAUGAAGAGUUUUAUGAACGCCUAAGGAGAGUGAGAGUGGAGAAGUGGUUUUUGUUUGAACCGGGAAUUGAUAUCUCGGAUGAAUAUGGGCUUAGAAGAUCAUUGCGAAGAGGCUCAAACACGGAAGCAAGAAAUCGGAAGGUCAGCCAGCCAGUUAUUGAUAUGAAUAAUAGAUGGAGAAAGUGGGAAGGAUCAAAGGGCCGCCGACCGGCCAUGGAGAUGUCAGCGCACUAUACGGAGAUACGAAUGAGUCUUCCCAUACUUUGGGAAUACUCAUUCACCCCCCACACAUUGGUACCUGAAUGUUAUUCCUAUUCAGUGUGCCCUUAG